AUGAGUCAAAAACCAUUGUGGUACCGCUGGACCCGUGUGGGUGUAGUGGGAUUUAGUAUAAUAGCAACGGGAAGUUUGUUAUUCAAGUAUACGGUUCCUACGGAUGAACAAUUGAUAGCCAAAUUUUCGCCUGAAAUUAGAGCAGAGUACGAAAGAAACAGGGAAGUGAGACAAAAAGAGCAACAGGAGCUCAUGAAGAUUGCCAAGGAGACCGCAGCUUCGAAUGAUCCGAUCUGGAAAACAGGAAAGAUAAAGUCUCCUUUCGAAAAGGACGGGAGGAACACCGAUCCAAAGUUAGUAGACAUCGAGAAGUACAACAGGGAACGUGGAGACGAAUUUAAGAGAUUGGAAGUCGAAAAAGCACAACAAGAGUUAAAGGAGGCUGAGGAGUUGGCAUCACAAAAGAAAGGAUGGUUUUCUAGGAAAUAG